CUGAGUCUGGUGACCAAGACGAGCAUAAUACUCAUAUCGUAAGAGAGGCAGCCCCACCGUCCGCGAUUGAUAGCCACACCAACGUUCCCACCACGGAACCAUCUCAGAACCUCCCUCAAUACCUACCUCCUUCUGCUGAGGAUAACCUAGGUCCUCUGCCGGAAAACUGGGAGAUGGCCUACACCGAGAACGGAGAAGUCUAUUUUAUAGACCAUAACACAAAAACAACAUCUUGGCUAGAUCCACGGUGCCUGAACAAACAGCAGAAGCCUCUAGAAGAAUGUGAAGAUGAUGAAGGGGUACACACGGAGGAACUGGACAGUGAACUAGAGUUGCCUGCUGGUUGGGAGAAAAUUGAGGAUCCUGUAUAUGGUGUCUACUAUGUAGACCACAUCAACCGGAAGACACAGUAUGAAAACCCAGUUCUUGAAGCAAAGAGGAAGAAACAGCUUGAGCAACAGCAACAGCCACCAGAAGAAUGGACAGAGGAGUGUCCAUCUCUCCCACCACCCGCUGCUCCAAACCAUGUUUCAAACAACCAGGAGGCAGUUCGGGAAGCACCAGUGCAAGGAAAACCUUUUUUUACACGAAACCCUUCUGAGUUGAAAGGGAAGUUCAUCCACACCAAGCUAAGGAAAAGCAGCAGGGGUUUCGGCUUCACCGUCGUUGGAGGGGAUGAGCCAGAUGAAUUUCUUCAAAUCAAAAGUUUGGUGCUUGACGGCCCUGCAGCACUGGAUGGCAAAAUGGAAACAGGGGACGUCAUAGUCAGCGUGAACGAUACCUGUGUGCUGGGGCACACUCAUGCUCAAGUUGUGAAAAUCUUCCAAUCCAUCCCCAUCGGUGCCAGCGUGGACCUCGAACUGUGCCGAGGCUAUCCCCUGCCCUUUGAUCCCGAUGAUCCCAACACAAGCCUGGUUACGUCUGUGGCAAUUUUGGACAAAGAGCCGAUCAUUGUGAACGGGCAGGAAAAUUACGACUCCCCAGUGAGCCACAGUAGUAAAACAGGGAAAGUAAAUGGCACAAAGGAAGCAAGACCCAGCAGCCCGGCUGAGGUCUCUUCCAACGGACCCCACGGUUACCCCAAUGACACGGUCUCUUUGGCAUCUUCGAUAGCAACACAACCUGAACUCAUAACUGUGCAUAUAGUGAAAGGGCCUAUGGGCUUUGGGUUUACUAUAGCAGACAGCCCCGGUGGGGGCGGCCAAAGAGUGAAACAAAUCGUGGACAGCCCACGGUGCCGCGGCCUGAAGGAGGGCGAUCUUAUAGUUGAAGUCAACAAGAAGAACGUGCAGAGCCUCACUCACAACCAGGUGGUGGAUAUGCUGAUUGAAUGUCCUAAGGGAAGCGAAGUCACAUUGCUGGUGCAGCGAGGAGGACUGCCGGUCCCAAAGAAGAGCCCAAAGUCGCAACCACUUGAAAGGAAAGACAGCCAAAACAGUUCUCAGCAUAGCGUCUCCAGCCACCGCAGCGGGCACACUGCUUCCCCCGUUCACAGCACGCAGGUGCUGCCGGACUACACCGCCGUGGAGGCGCCGGCUGCGGAUCAACCGGACAGUUCUGGGCAGAAAAAGCCAGAUCCAUUCAAAAUCUGGGCCCAGUCCAGGAGCAUGUAUGAAAGCCGACCUAUGUCACCUUCGCCUGCAACUGGACUGAGCAAGGGUGAGAGAGAGAGAGAAAUCAAUUCCACGAGUUUUGGAGAAUGUCAAGUUCCAGAUUACCAAGAGCAGGAUAUCUUUCUAUGGAGAAAGGAAACCGGUUUUGGAUUUAGGAUUCUAGGUGGAAAUGAGCCUGGAGAACCUAUUUACAUCGGUCACAUUGUACCGCUGGGUGCUGCUGAUGCUGAUGGCCGCCUGAGAUCGGGCGAUGAACUGAUCUGCGUGGACGGGACGCCUGUUGUCGGGAAAUCGCACCAGCUUGUCGUCCAGCUUAUGCAACAGGCAGCCAAACAAGGUCACGUCAAUCUGACCGUCAGGCGCAAAGUGGUUUACACAGUUCCCAAGGCAGAGAAUGAAGUCCCAUCCCCAGCCUCUUCCCACCACAGCAGCAACCAGCCAGCCUCGCUGACGGAAGAGAAGCGAACACCACAGGGCAGCCAGAACUCCCUCAACACCGUCAGCUCGGGCAGCGGCAGCACCAGUGGCAUCGGCAGCGGUGGUGGCGGGGGCAGCGGUGUUGUCAGCACUGUGGUCCAGCCCUACGAUGUGGAAAUCCGCCGUGGCGAAAACGAGGGGUUUGGCUUCGUCAUUGUCUCAUCGGUGAGCAGGCCGGAGGCAGGGACGACAUUCGGUCGGAUAAUUGAAGGGAGUCCCGCAGACCGCUGUGGCAAGCUGAAAGUAGGCGAUCGGAUCUUGGCUGUGAAUGGGUGCUCCAUCACCAACAAGUCACAUUCAGACAUCGUCAACCUCAUUAAGGAAGCGGGAAACACCGUUACCCUGCGCAUCAUUCCAGGAGAUG